GCAGGCGCCUGCAGUGUAGGUGCUUCGUUCACCUCUAGGUACAGGGAAGACCGACUUGUGUUUGUUUCAGAGGCGCAGUAGUUCUGCCGGGACCCUACCCAUAAGAAUGCUGCCGAAAAUAGUUCUGGACCUGCUCAGAACUCUUAGGUCUGCCUAUAAAUUGAGUUAUUCUGAGAAUCAGCCUAUGUUUGAGUCCUACUUUUCAGACAUCUUGGCACCGUGACCUCGAGAAACUUGUCCGAGCCUGUCGAAUAGUGCUCCUGCAAUAACCGACCAUUAAAAGAUGUGAAGUUUGAGCUGGUAGUGGUAGUGAAAGCUAAGUACAUACCCAGCCUUGUUACUCACACACCAGCAGCAGCAGCAAUAGCAGCACCCGAGCAUGUUAGACUUGUGGGGUCCCAUUACAGACCUACUGAAUCAGAGUUUGAAUCCUGACUACCCCCAGUGGUUAGGAUAUGCCCUGAUGUUUGAGAAGCAUAGUUUCUCCAGCACUCAAAACUUGUCCCUCACGUCCUUCAGUAGUUGACUUUACCUGUUCAGGUACGGAAGGCUCAUUCAUCAGCUCUGCCAUUUUUCUGGUGCGUGUUCUGUUUCUUAAAUGUUACUCUACUGGAACAGAAACUGAUAUCGCGUUCUUAGCAAUUACAUUUAUCAUUUAAAAUAACGAAAAUGUUAUAUAAGUAACGCACAUCAGGCAUAAAUUUAAAUAGUCAUGAUACUGUUUUCUUUAGACUCUAUCUUAGUUGAUGGAUGACAAAGCUAAGUCCACACCCUAGUAAUUUGUAUACUCAAGAAGAGUAUAUUCAAUUUACAAAUUCUGCAAAGUAGGCAGCUACAUAAUGUUCUAAGGUGAAACUGAGUGCUCAUCUAGUUUAAGCUCCACAAAUUCAAUUUUAUACCGCUGAGAAAAAUGUAACAGGUCAAUGAAUGGUCAUUGAAGAUCAGGAAGGAAAUGAGAGUUGUUGACAGGCAAAUAAGAGAUAUCCAAAGAGAAGAAGAGAAAGUAAAACGGUCUGUGAAAGAUGCAGCCAAGAAGGGCCAAAAGGAUGUCUGUGUGGUUCUGGCCAAGGAGAUGAUCAGGUCAAGGAAGGCUGUGAGCAAGCUCUAUGCAUCCAAAGCACACAUGAACUCUGUGCUCAUGGGCAUGAAGAACCAGCUUGCGGUCCUAAGAGUAGCUGGUUCCCUGCAAAAGAGCACAGAAGUGAUGAAGGCUAUGCAGAGUCUUGUGAAGAUCCCAGAAAUCCAGGCCACCAUGCGGGAGCUGUCCAAAGAGAUGAUGAAGGCUGGAAUCAUAGAGGAAAUGUUAGAGGAUACAUUUGAAAGCAUGGAUGACCAGGAAGAAAUGGAAGAAGCAGCAGAAAUGGAGAUCGACAGAAUCCUCUUUGAAAUCACAGCAGGAGCCUUGGGCAAAGCACCCAGUAAAGUAACCGACGCCCUUCCUGAGCCUGAACCUAUGGGAGCGAUGGCUGCAUCAGAAGAGGGAGAGGAUGAGGAGGAUGAAGAGGACCUGGAGGCCAUGCAGUCCCGGCUGGCCACACUCCGAAGCUAGGGCCACCCAGUUGUGGCCUCAGCUCUGUGGUGCCCUCCUCUAGGUGUGGGCACAGCCUCCGGGUUGUCCCCGUUUCCUGUAUCUCUUGCACUACACCUCUGUUGUGAAGCAUUGCAUUUUGGAGAGGUUCUUUGCUAGUAUAUCUUCACUGUUUGCAGAGGUCUUAAGGACUGUUUUUAUGAAGGUGGUGUAAUCAAAUGCAUUAUUUUCAAGAUCAUAAAUAGCAGAAGUAUCUUUCUUGGGGGAGGGCAAAGAAACGCAUUUUCUCAUGAAGCAGUUCUUAGAAGAGUCAGUUGAAUGUUGAGGACUCUCUACUGGUGUGUGUGUGUAAAAUACUACGUAAAUGGAUGUCAAUAAACUUCUACUUUAGCUCUUG